AGCACUUUCACGCUAGGUAGUCAUUGACAUUAAACUAACCUCACGUACUCGCUUUCUCGCUGGAUUCUAAUAGUAAGGCUACACGUAACUUCACUUGGUGUCUGGCGAUGAUUCAUGAAGAUCGGGGUCAAGAAUGAAUAUCUGGUGCGGAGUCUAGUUGUGGCUACUGGGCCAUGCUUGGUUGAUCUCUGCUUGGGUUCCGAUGCCAACGCGACUUAUUGCAGCACACUAUUCUGGGCUACAAAACAUGCAACAGUGUGGAUUCAUGAUUGGGUUACCCCGUUCGAAGCCUUCCAUGUGGGAUUCCAGCCCAGUUUUCAACAACUAACUGGCCUGGAGCGAAUCGAAUCCGUCCCUUUCGGAGGCAGGCAACAAAUUAUUAUCCACAAGUCAGAUGAUGGGCGUUUACCAAUCCUAAGCAAACGGGAAGAUAUUUUCUGCGCACAUUCUUACGCUGGGUGUGCUGGACGUUGGGUGCCGAUUAGUCUAUUUCUGGGGAUUGCAGGGGGUUUCAUAAACACCUACGUGCUCUACCAAAACGACCCACAGAUGUCCUCCAGCCCAAUUGAUGAAUCUCUGUCGAGGACAGCACACUGGUCUGUUGGGAAUAUGUCGGUUGGUAACCAGUGGGGGAGCAUGCCUCGCGUUCCUAGGCCCUCGUCCAUGGUCGCCACAGCAGAAGCAGGUGAUAGGAAUAAGUGA